GUUCAAAACAAUCCAUUCGCGUACAGCACUCGUGAUCAGCCUGACAGCAAUCUCUCAGGGAAUUUAGUUCAUUAUCAACAGCCACAUUCGUGGCAAGUGUCAGGAAGAUGUUGUUUCUUACCCCGAUCAGUGCCAUCAUUCUGAUACUUUUUCCAGUGUCCAGCGAUGCCCUAAAUCUCAGCUGCAGCAUCAUCCAUCCACUGCCGAUCCCAGCCGAACGUUACAUGUGGACACCGACGCACGGUGUUCCCGGCAAGCAGGAAGAGCACGAGGAAGUUUGCAUCAUCGCGAGUGCCCGACUGAACAGCACCAUCGCCACCAAAGUGCGCUUUCCCAAGCAACAAACAAUCGAACUGUUCUACGCCUCGAUUCCUUCCUUUGGGCCCGAUCUGUUCGUCCAACUGCACAACGCCACCCUGGCAUUGGAGCUUCGCAAGGGCACCGUGACGGAGCUGCGGUACGGUAGCAGCACACUAAACCACUUGAAAAUCAGCGACACCGGCCUGGACCAUUUCGAAGUGCUGCCCGAGCGCGACAUCCCGCUGCAGACGCUCAUCAUUCACGAGCGGCUCAUAACCGUGCUGCCAGUGAGUGUGAACGUGCUGGCCGGCCUGAAACUGCUCGACCUGUCCGGCUGCUCGCUCACAACGCUUGACCUGAGCGAACUGUUCGGGCUCGAUGCACUGAUCGCCCUAAACGUUGCCGACAACCAGCUGGCCACGGUUGGAGCGAGCGGCCCAGUGAAUCUACCGGCCCUGGCCAAGUUCGAUGUGCACCAGAACGAGCUGUCCCAAAUCGACCAUUUUCCGGACCAGUUUUCCGCCCUCCGGUACACGCGCAUCCUGCAGAACCGGUGGGACUGCGAGUGGGUCAGUGCGGUGAGGGAGAAAAUUUGGCACCGCAACAUUACCGUGCUGGGGACGGACUUUCGGUGCGGCGGGCGCCGAAUCAACAACGGUGGGCUGUGCUGUACGUACGCCCACCCGUCCCGGGCACGGUUGGCGAUCGCGAAAGCGAUGCUGUCCGUGCUGGAGGAGCUGAGGGCGGCGGCGCCCGAUGCGCCAGCGAUCGGACCGCUGAUAACGUUCAAAGUGUUCGAGAACGAAACCUUGGACGGGGUGGUCGGGGUAGAGAUGGAUCGCGUUGGAAUCUAUUUGCAAGAUCCGAUCGGUGCACCGUAAACAAGAUGUCGUUGUGUAUGUGUGUGUGUGUGUUUGAGUGCGUCCGGUGUGUUGCUUUUAGGUUUUAUUCUUUCAGUCACGAUAAGGGAUCAGUACAGCGCACCAGCUUGUGAUCGGAAUCGGUCCAAUCGUUCUUGAAAUGAUCGGUUUCACACCAUUGCCCUUUUUACUAUUCAUCGAUCCCACCCUCUCCAGCCAGCAGCAGCAGCAGAAAUGCGAUCGAAUGCUCCCGUGUGCAGCCCAACUCCACCUGCUUCAUCGAGGGCGUCUCCUUUGAAUCCACCGCCGA